CCCUCAAGGUACAAAGUCGACUCAUAUCCUGGCUAUGCCAACAACGAAGGUGUGAAGGCGAGUAACGGAGUUCCUCGAUCUAAUCACGCUAUGUCAUAUCCCUAUAACGGCUACAGUUCGCAAGAUCCCAACUACUACCUGCCAGGAUAUCCACCUCCAUACCCACCGGCAUAUCCAAAAUGUUAUCCGGCUCAAAGCCCCACGCUUACGACACCUUCACCAGUCCCAACGGUGCAUAAGGAACAGGAAUGUGUCAACAAAGCUCAAACCUAA